CCAACACCUUACUGCUCUGCUCUCUUCCUUUCCGCUACCACUGGAUGAUUACAGAAAGGAUUUACCUUUUCUUUUCUUUUUAUUCUCCAUCUAGACAUGUGGUCUGUUACUACAUAUGUUUCCCUCCAUCAUUUCUUCCUUUCACAUAGAUGAAGUGGUGUGAAACCCUUAGCUGUUUUGUAGUCAGGAUAGUUGACUGAUGUCGGAGGCGGGACGCGGGACAUGCAGUACAUGAUCACAGCUUGACUUUUGAUUCCAUACUGCUGUUGGUCAUCAACAGGAUGGACUCCGUCUCUCAGAACCUGCGAGAUGAGAUCUCGGAGCUGCUGAAGCCUCACAGAGUCCGUCUGGUGACGCCGGUGAUUCUGAACCACGGCAGUCAGCCAUGUGGGAGAUCGGCCAACCGGUUCGUGGUGCUGAGUCAAUGGAGAGCUUUCCUGGUUACAAACAAGCAACCUUUCAGGGUGGAGAGCACUUUCAGCUACUUGGAGAUUAGCUCCAUCAACAUCGACAGUCUCACACAGAUCAUGUUGGAGACAGACAGGCAGAUUCUGUCUUUCAACGUGUUGCACUGUGAGGAUCUCGAGGCGAUGGUCAGCCACGUGAGUGCCUCGCUGAAGAGGAUCUUCCCCGAUUCAUCUCCAGGAAAGCUGCUAAAGAGGAUUCCUUCCGAGCUCCAGCUGAGACUCCGCACAUUGACUGAUGCGAUCGAAGAGCAGCUGAGUAGUCACACUGCCUCCUGUGGAGGAUUCUCUGAUACCUAUGCUGCUCUGUGUGAUUUCAACGAGAUGCCACUCCGAGAGGAGAUUCAGUGGGAUGUUGACAAUAUCUACUGCGUCAACAACUGGAGGGAGUUCAACCUGCAGGACUUCAACCACUUGGACAGCAGGGACUUGGCGUUAGCAGUAGCAUCUCUGUCUUUCAACCAGUGGUUUACUAAGAUCUACUGCAAAGACUUGAAGCUGUCAGUAGACAUCCAGCAGCAGCUGACCUUCCUGCUGUCCAGAUCUCCCAGUCUGGAGGAGCUCUCAUUGGAGGCCAGUGGACUCAAACUGGACUUUGCAAUCAAAAUGGCAGCUGCCCUGCAGGAGCACCCCUCCUCUGCCCUACAAUCCAUCAACCUGUCAGGCAAUCCAAUCGAAGACAAAGGUGUCAUUGCUCUCAGUCAGGAGCUGGGGAAUCUAGCCGAAGGACUCAAGCACCUAUCUCUGUCCCGAGUAUCAAUGACUGCUAGAGGUCUCGGCUGUCUGAGUCAGAUGUUAUUCUCCACUCAGCUGUUCUCGGCAUCGCUGACCCACCUCGACCUGUCCGCUAACCCCGGCAGCUUAGUAACUGAAGAGGCCACGUUUCUCUUCAAGUUCUUGUCCAGCACCAACCGUCUGUCUCAUCUGGACCUCAGUGACACCAGCUGUCCUCUGGACACGUUAUUUGUGUCCCUGUCUGCUGGAUGUUGUUACAAACUGAUGCACCUGAACCUGGCCAGGAACCCGUUCAGCCACAGGAAGGUGCGGGAGGUGACGAGGAGCAUUCGAGAGUUCUUCAGUCAGAGCUGUGAGCUCCAGUACGUGGGCCUGUCUGCGACCAAACUUCCUCCACAAGCUCUUAAGUUAUUACUGCAGGGUCUGGCAACCAACACUCGUCUGCUUGGGCUGGAGUUGGACCUCAGCAGCUGUGAGCUACGUUCAGCAGGGGCCCAGGUGAUACAGGAGCACAUCUCUGAAGCUACAGCUAUCAGAAGCCUGGAUAUCUCUGACAAUGGUUUUGAGAAUAACAUGGUAACUCUGGUCCUGUCUAUCGGUCGAUGUCACUCUCUUCGACACCUCGCACUGGGAAGAAACUUUGCCAUGAAGUCCAGAGCUCUCACUGAUGUUCUUCAUCGUAUAGCUCAGCUCAUUCAGGACGAAGAGUGUGUAAGUCAUUCUUUUAUUUACUCUGUCAUUAAUGUAACGCUUCCCCCCACCACACACACACGCACACAACCACACACAGACACAUUUCAACUUAAUGUUUUAAGUAAAGCAUUACAGUUAAUGUUUCUUCCAAACGUUCCUCAGAGUAGAAUUCCAGUUGUUUCUUAUACGAACUUCACUCUGCAGCAGAUGUCUGGCCUGGCUGAUAUCACACAGAGCUACCGCAGCAGCCCGGACAGAACAAAAGAGGCCCUGCACAAGAUUCAGCGGUGUUUGGACAGAAACAACCAGAGACAGUCUGAAAGAGUAAAGCACGUGUUUCGAGGUCAACAAUCGGAGAAGGUCCAGGGUAUGUGUCAGCAGUUGGAGGACAGCCUUCAACGUUUAAAACACUGCAACAUUCAGGACGUACAGGCUGACAUCCUGACAGCGCACGAGGUGCUGCACAACGCCAAGGAGUCCUUGAAGCUGCUUCCUUCUCUGUAUGCGGCCGGCGGGAAGUGUGCCUCUGAUGGAGAUGUGGUGAACUCCAUCCUCUCGGACGCUGUCGCUGCUCUGACUCACAAGUUCAACAGAAGCAUCCAGGAGCUGGCUGCAGACCUGAUGAGGUGUGCAGAGGCAGCAUGUCCAAGGCUGGUCCAGCGCUCUAGUGUGUGUGAGUGUCUGUCAGAGUGUGUGUCCAAAAGAAGCCGGCAGACACAAACCUUCCUGAGAAGCACUCUGGUGGAGAACACAGGGCAGAUCAUCCGCGACAAACUAGGUGAACUGAGACAAACACUGAGUGUCUCUCUGGCUGAAAGCAUCAUAGAGCAGGUUCAACAGGACCUGACAAUGGAACAGGACAAAAUGGAUUGCCUCAUAAAAGAGAAUUCAUGCAUCGCUCUGAAAACCAACAUCCCGGAGGUUCGACUGGUUGACAGCGACUUCCCUACUGAUGAUUACAGCCCAGCAAUUUGGAGAAAUAGUUUCCACUCCAAGAGCCUGAGGCCGGCCCCUUCGAUUAAGAGUCUUCUGGAUGCAGACUGGGAGCAGCAGAGCAGGGACAGAGGAGUAGAGCGAGAGAGGGGAGGAGAUACUGAAGAGGACAGCGGAGAAAGAAGGUGUGGCAUCGCUCUGUUGCCGACAGCAACCCCUCUGUCAGUCAGGUUUUUAGGGCCCUCCCCUCCCCUGUCCCCCUCCCCCCCGGGACUGCGAGGGUGGAGGCGGAGAGAGGGGGAGGUGGUGGCGGAUGCUGCAUCGCUCAUUCCUCCUCCCAGUCUCCCCCUCCUUUACUCGGUCUCCGCUCGUGCUGCAGAGGAGGAGGCUGCCGGCCGAGGAGGCUUACCUAGACGACAGGCUCCCUUCCCCGGCUGCGGCCCCAGCCCAGGCCCCCUUCCGGGCUCUGGAUCCCCAGAUUGCCCCAUGGAUCCUCUACCCACCCAGGGACAGACUUUAAGGCAUUACACCGCUUCCCGGCCACGGCCACGGCGCACACACACACAGCCCCCCUCCUCCAGGCCUCAGGAGCCGGUUUUAAAGGUAGAAAAUGAGUCCGGUGAGGGGAUGGGCCGAGUGGAUGAAGGAGUAGAGGAGUUCUUUACCAAGAAAAUCAUCCCUGACUAUGCACUAAAAGGCCAGUGGGAGGAGUCAAUCCCUGCCCAAGCCACUCCCCCAGAGUCAAGCGCCACCCCCUCAGCCUCAACCCCUUUUUCCUCUUCGUCUGACAAUAUCACCUCCACCACCUCCACCACUGUCACCUCUCCCUCUGUCCCAUCUACUGACACGCCCUUCACAUCCACUGAUGUUUCCCCCCUCUCUACACCCUCCACCCCCCCUGCCCCUGCUUCCAUCACCACCUCCACCCUUCCCACAAAAAACAUCAAGAAAAAGUUUGGCGACUUCUUUGCCUUCAAGAGGGCUCGAGCCGGCCGAGCCACCAAGGCCGGAGGGGGAGAGGGAGGCGGAGGAGCAGAGGGGGUGAGGGUCAAACGGACCUCCAUUGCAGACCUCAUCCGACCCCUCCGCGAGGCCAAAGAAAGGGACAGAGAGAGGGAGAGAGAGAAGGGGAGAGGUGCAAGGUCAGUGGAGGAUGCUAACGUUUGUAAUGAUGCCGCCACCACAGAAGGAACCGUUGCCAUCGGCCGCCGUCUUGCAGGCGAUGUGGGGGGAACGAUGGCGCCUGCCAAGACUUUAACCACGACGACGCCUUCCAGUGACACCGCUCCCCCUUACCCCACCAUCACCACAAGCCCUGACCUCGCCACUGCAACGCUUCCCAACCAGGAGGAAGGGGCACUUCCUGUCUUGCCAGGCCGCAGCCCCAGUCCUGUGGUCACUUCGCCUCUAGCCGAGCAGGAGAGGAGAGGCGUGCAGGGGAAGGAGGCGACGUUGGGAGGGACUCCGUACGGAGAGAGGAGACUGAAGGUUACCAAGAGGUCCCUGAGAGAGGGAAAGAGCCAGAGUCUCAUCCUGCUGACGGGGUUAGAGCCUGAAGACAAUGAUGACACACACAGCAAGAAACAUGCGUCUGAGAGCACACCUAGUUUUGAACAGAGGCUUCAGGUGAUGCUCCACAGAAUGGGCGUGGCCAAAACGCUGCCUUCUGACACCAAGACAAACCAGAAUAAAGACGAGGAGCUGAGGAAGGCCAACUCUGAAGGUGCAAUCCUGGACAAACCUGUUCCACCUUCCACAUACAUGAAGCCCAGAACGAUGUCCACUUCAUCAGCAGACCCCAGGCACCCCAUGAGAGCGCUGGACCCUAUCCGACCGGACCCUCCCCUCUACCCGAAGCCCGCCGUCCCUGAGCGUCCUGUUGUCCCGCUGCCGCCCAAACCGGCCGUCGCAGCAAAGCCCCCCCUGCCCACCCCGGCUCGCCCGGCCUCGGCUCCUCCGCCCAGCAGCCCGGCAGCGAGAGUCCAGCUCAGAGCUCACACGUUCGACUGCCGGCCGGGGGAGAGCACCGCACAGAAUGGAAGCCAGGAGAGUCCCCAGGGUGCAGCCUCCGCUCCGUCCUCCAGAAAAGAGCUGCUUCCUCCAGCUCCGCCUCCGUGGAGGGUUCCCGGUGCACAGGAUCGCUCUGAGAAAGCACAAUCAGUGACAGACGAGAGUCUUCCUAAGCCCCGCCCACACAUGAAGCCUCCUCCACGACGUAGAGCUGUGUCCGUCCAUGAGGACACUCUGGCCAUGACACAAGAGCUGAAGGCGGUGUUGCAGAGGUCGCCCAUCCGUUGCCGGGGCAAAGGAGGGGACCUGCCCACCUGCACUGAAGAUCCAUCUGGUGGGGGGGAAGCCCAAAGACCUCCGGAGGCCAGUGACACAGGGAAGCACACAUGUGAAGGAAAGAAGGAGAAUGUCCAGAUGGACGAGAGAGGACGGCCAGGCUGUGGACGGACAGUCGCUGAAACCAAGCACCCCCCUCCAGGGGAAGAGGACACCCCAGGCUCACGGAGUCCCUCCUGUACGGCCCAGGCUCAACAAGAAGCCUCAGCGCCCCGACUCUUCAGUCCGACUGCAGCCGUCGACCGAUCCGUCCUGGAGAGGCCUCCACUACUUACCCAGAGCCGCGAGAGGCCUCCUGUAACCCCCACAUCCGAGAAAAAGAGCCCCAGCACAGCCCCACCAAUGCCCCGAACUCUAGAAAAGCUGCUGGUGUCCCCACCACCCCAAGAAAAGACCCCGAGCACAAUCCCAGCUGCAUCUGAAUCCCCAGAACACCCUCGAGUGAGCCCUCUGUCCCACAAGAAGAAGAGCCCCGGCGCAGCAGCAGCCACAGCGGACGUGAGAAACAGCACACAGGAGAGAGGGGGGGCGCUCUCUACACAGCACACAAUGAAGGCAGAGCCAGCAGACCAAAGAACUGAGCCCCCUCUGUGUGAAUAAAUCACACACAGACAGACCUACAUAAGA